AAUGAUAAAAAUAAUUAGAUGAAACUAAAUAAAUUCAUUUGUUUGUGUAACAAAAACGUUUCGACUUUUACUAAGUCUUCCUCAAUUUAUAUAAAAAAAGGGGAGGGAAAGGAAUUAUAUAUUUUACUACUACAGUCUUGAAUUUUCAAAUGAAACAUCCUCGACAUCUUUGCAGGUUAUGAUGGAUUCGAACACUUCUCGAUUUAGUUACAUGGCAGCCAACAUCUAGAAGAAAAAUAAGUUAAACUAUCACCGUUCGAGAAUAUACCCUCAAUGUGGGUAGAGAAAGAUUUUCUAGAUCGACAGCACUGCUUUAAUACACUGCAAUUUGUAGAAUUGUCAAGCGUUUGGUAGGAUCAGAUGAUUAGAUACGCCAGACAUGGAAGCUGAUGAUCGGGGAAAGAAUGACGAUUAUUAUUUGGAAUUAUCCCCUGAUCCCAUCAGAUUUGAAUCGGUCAGCUGCCUCACGAAUGUGUUUUUCGAUGAUUCGAAACAGCAAGUGUUCGCUGUCCGCUCAGGAGGCGUCACAGGAGUGCUCGUUAAGGGCCCGGACCAGAACUUAAACUUCCGGAUGGAGGACAGAGGCCCAGUGAUAUCCAUCAAGUUCUCCCCUGACAUGAAUAUACUCGCGAUUCAACGUACCAACUCGUCAGUGGAAUUCGUUAACUAUUCCUCUCUCUCUGGUUUGGAUCACGUUGAGUAUUCUCAGUCAUGCAAAGGGAAGAACGCAACGAUAUUAGGCUUUGUGUGGACCCAUGGCACUGAGAUACUUGUAGUCACAGAUCACGGUGUAGAAUUGUUUCAUGUCAAUCCAGAAAAACGCAAUGUUAGAGCAUUAAAAUGUUUAAGUUUAGGUGUAAAUUGGUUUGUUUUUUGUCCCAAAAGUUAUCUGGUAUUAUUGUCAUCUGGUACAGUUGGUAAUCAAAUACAAGCGUUGCAUGUUACACCUGGCAAUCUUCACAAAUUAACCAAAUUCGAAAUUGAACAUAAUAUAACGAAACCAGGAAAGUUGGCCGUUUCUGAGAGGGAUGUAGCAUUGGCUGUAUUGUAUGGAACGCCUUGUAUAAUUUUGCUACGGCAUCAGCCAGGAGCUAACCGCUCAAUAGGGACAGCAUUUGUAUAUGUCUAUACUAUACACAAAAUGAUGACCAUUAAAAAAAGUCAUAUGUUAAAACUGGAUGUUGGUGGUAGAUUUGCCAUAAACGUAGUUGAUAAUCUUAUUAUUGUUCAUCAUCAAGCAUCAAAGACAUCAAUGAUAUUCGAUAUCAUGCUAUCUGGUGUGAGUGAUGGAACAGUAAUGCAUCAUACAAGUGUAACCGUGGCGAAACCAAUUAAACCUUUCAAUCUUAAAGUACCAGGCGCGACUUUGUCAGAUCAGAUGUAUCAGCCAUGUCAGUUAUAUUCUCCUAAUUGGGUCGUUUUUCAACCAAAUAUAAUAAUUGAUGUAAAAUUGGGUUGUUUAUGGUAUAUUGAGCUCAGAUUGGAAGCCUUAGUGAAAUUGAUUACGGAUAAAGUGCUUCUAAUAGAAUUUCUAAUGCAGCGGUCAAAUGCUAAGCAGAUAUUAAUACAAGUCUUGCAGAGUUUUAUGACUCAGUUGCCUGUAAGCUUAAUGGAAAUGCCAACCAUAUUCGAUAAACUUAACAUUGUGUAUAGAAAUUAUUUAGAAAGCGAAAUACAAAACCAGAUGGGAACGCCUUUACAAAAUAAUAUUAAAAAUGUAACAACAGUGACUGAUAAUUUUAAGUAUAAACUAUUGCUUGAUCAAAGCGACAUGUAUAGUCACAUAUUGUCCAAAUUUUCUGAAGGUACGAUUGAACCAAAGAUGAUAAUAUGGGUCUUACUCGAAUAUAUUAGAUCAUUAGCUGAACACGGAAUACCGGUGCAACAUUACUUGCAUGAAUUGGUCAUCACAACAUUGGUACAUCGGAAGGCUUAUUAUCAGCUCCAUCAGUUGUUACAAUACCACGUGGUUGCUGAUUCGAAACCUUUAGCCUGUUUACUACUUUCUUUAGAAAACUUGUAUCCAGCAGCGCAUCAAUUGGCAUUGGAUAUGUUAAAACGACUGGGAAACGCGCACGAGGAGAUAAUCGAAGUGCUUUUAUCGAAGGGACAUAUCUUGGCUGCCUUGCGAUAUGUUCGAUCCGUCGGAAUGACGGAUCAGAUAUCUGCGAGAAAAUUCUUAGAGGCAGCGAAAGCUACCGAUGAUGCGACGCUUUUUCAUUCAGUCUUUAAAUUUUUCGAGCAGCGCAACUUGAGGUUGCAUAAUACUACGGCCUUCACGAAGGGUGAACAUUGUCAGCCAUACGUUCAGCAUUUUAAAUAUCUGUUUCAAGGAACGGACAAUGAGUGCAAUUCGGAUACGAAUUCGAAUGUUACCACUAUUUCUUCGUAAGAUUCUUAUAUCGGUGUCCGUGUAGCGCUAUUUGAGAACGAUAGGUAAAGAAAUAAUCACAUUUAAUUUUUAUUUAAUGAAACUGAUAGAGAAUUUAUGUGCUGUAGCUACUUCGUAAUUUGUAAAUUCCUGUAGUGUUGUAUAAAUCUAUAUUGUUAUGGAUUAUUUAUUAUAUGAAAGAGAGAAUAAAAUUAAGGCGAAUUUGUAAAUAAUAUAUAUGUCAUUUACCUUAUUAAAAUAUCUUCUUUCCAUUUUUUUGUAUUGCGUUCACAUUGCAGGGUUUACUUUAUUACGGGAGUCAUAAAUUCGAAACUUACAAAGUAUAAGGUUUCUUUAAUAAUCUUUUAAUAGAGCGAGAGACUUACUAUGUAGUAUAAUACAUUUAUAAUGAAUUUCUUAUUUAUGAAGAGUACUUAGUAAUAUUAGCAUUCGUUUUUCUUUUCCGAUGUGUAUUUAAACGACAUCGCACGAUACAGAUUCUCCUUAAUAAAAAAAAAAA